UCUAUACAGACCAUCUUGUAAAAUGAAAGUAUCUAUGGUCACUGGCGCCAAUCGUGGCAUUGGACUAGAGCUUGUAAGAAGACUUGCAUUAGAAGCAGAGAGUACUGUAAUUGCAUGUUCGCGCUCUAUGAGUGAGGAGUUGGAGGAGCUUGUGAAGAGUCCAUCUGUUCAUCAUGUAAGUUUGGAUAUCACAAGCCAAGAAUCAGUUGAUGAAGCUCAUGAGAAAAUAUCAUCUAUACUGGGAGAUAGGGGUAUUAAUUUGCUUGUCAACAAUGCAGCAAUUUUGAUUAAAUCUGAGUCGCCUACAACUACAAGUACCGAGGAUAUCUCUAAGAAUUUUGAAGUAAACGUUGUUGGGACUCACAGAGUGACUCUCAAAUUCGCACCAUUCUUGUUCAAAGCUGCAGAGCAGAAUGCUGAUGCUGAAAUUGGGGGCAAAAGGGCCUUUUGUCUUAAUGUCUCUUCUGCAGUUGGAAGCAUUGCAAAUACUACCUCUCCUUGGCACACUGCUUACAGAAUAAGCAAAGCUGCAUUGAACAUGCUGACACGCACUACUGCACUUGAAUUCUUAGAAAAGAAAGUUCUGGUUUGCUCAGUUCAUCCAGGAUGGGUGCAAACAAACAUGGGUGGACCCAAUGCCCUGAUCUCAACUUCAACCUGUGUCGAUGAUCUCAUGGAGGUGAUCCAGAAAGCCACAGUGGAGCAUAGUGGUGUAAUGCUACGCAACAAGAUGGAAGUUAUGCCAUUUUAAUCUCAUUUUGGAUGAUAUCUUAGCAACAUGACACUUUUAGUUAUAUGACUACUAGAGAACAAGAACUAUGGUUUUUAGUAAUAAUUAUUUACAUUCGGAAUUAAAA